AUGACUGUGUUCACAUCCAUUGAGUGCAUCGUGGUUUUGCCUGAACCAAAGAGUCACUGGGAUCCUGUCUUCGGCACCUGCGUUUUCCUCUUCUCCUUCCUCAUCCCUGUGGCUAUCAUCAGCAUCUGCUACAGUCUGAUGGUUAAGCGCCUGCGCAACGUCCGCAUCCUGUCCGGCUCCAAGGAGAAGGAUCGCAACCUGCGGCGCAUCACCAGGAUGGUGCUGGUGGUGGUGGCGGCAUUUGUGGUCUGCUGGACCCCAGUCCAGAUCAUGGUCCUGGCUCAGACUCUGGGCUUCAACCUGAGCAGCCUGUUCACGCUGGUGCUGAUGCACUUCUGCAUCGCGCUGGGCUACGUCAACAGCAGCUUGAAUCCUGUGCUCUAUGCCUUCCUGGAUGAGAACUUCAAACGCUGCUUCCGUGAGUUCUGCAACCCGUCGCCCUUCCGCCUGGACACCCAGCAGUCGGGCCGGAUGAGGAGCAUCGCCAGGGAGGUGGCGGCGGCCUACAGUUGCAAAGCUGAUGGUAGUGGGCACGGUGGAGGGACAUCUAAUCCCGCAUGACUAGGCGUGGAGCUUCCCUUGGUGGGGGUGGACCCCCAACAAAGGAGAGAGAACCACGGGACAGGGAACUCCAACACAGAAUUGACCCAGAUUACAGCUCUCUAGCGGCACGAGCCCCCCCGCCCCCCAACUAGAAGACUGGCCUGGGGUGGGGGGGAAGGAGAUGAGGAGGAAGGGGUCGAAAGGAAAAGGAUUUAGGAAUAUGGAUGGUGAUGCCAAACAUAUAAUACAUAUAGUAUUAGGGAGAGGGAAAUGGGCUACAUUGAAAGCUUUCGUAGAAUGCGUGAUGGACGUCUGUGUAGGCGACGGUGCCUGACAUGGGGUUAGGGUUAAAUAGCUCAAACAAUUUUGAUUCCUGGAUUUUGGAAUGAAUAUGGCCCUAACUCCACUGAAGCGGUAAGUCAUUUUUGGAAUGUAAGAAUCAAACUAUCUUUAGGUGGACUUAAACACAAAAGGGGUGUUUGAAAGUGAUUGAAUCUUUCAACUGAGGCUGGUACCCAGUUGCUGCAUCUCUAGAAAGAUAUCUGACUCAGUACUUGUAUUAUGAGAAGGUAGGUGUUGGGGCUAGACAUUUGGAGAGACAAUGAAAGCAGCACAGGAUUAAAAGGAGUGCAGAUACCAAGAUCUCUGAAACCACCACAGACUGAACACCUGCCUAGGGAGAAUAAAGCUUUCAUGAAAUGUGAAAUAUGUAAUACCCACUUCACUACAGUUUAUUAUAUUUUCAUCAGUUGAUGUUUCAGACAAAAUAACUUUAAAUGCCCUGUGUACGACGCUGAUCCCAUUAUGGGGUCCCUAUUGUGACGAUUCUCUAAAAAAGGGUAUGCUUAAUUUUAAAAUGCUGCUGAGCCCUUUUAAGAAAUUAGAAGGGCUUACAAAGUAUAAUGUGAUCAUACAGCCAGUAGACAGAAGGUUUAUUGUAAUAGAAGUAUAUGCUACAAGCCACUAUUGAACAAUGUUUCCUAAACUGUGUAUAUGGAACUCAUGAAUGUUAUUUCUUGUUUGAGCAACAUUUCUCAGCGGUACUGAAGCUAAAUAGCCUGUCGAAACCCCGUCCAACAAGUAGAGUUUUUGUGAUUCUGGACUUUGUAUGAUAACCUAUGGGGUGUGGGAUAAUUAGGGUUAAGGGCACAGACUGGUGAAAGAGUUUCCUGGAAAAACAGCAAAAAAAGACAGAAAUGUGGGGUAUCCGGCUGGAUGAAAUUGGUUGGGACAAGCCUGACCUGGGUUUCCUUCUCCUUUUUCUUGCCUGUUUGUGGUGGGACAACACAUGAAAGGUCAAAAAGCCUGUAUCCUAGGUAUACAGGGUUCAGAAUUAACCAUUUCAAUUUCACACAGUCACACUUUUUAGGACAACCUCUGACCCGCCAUACUGUAAGCACUGUAUGUAAACAUUGAAGCAGUCAUCAUUUGCGAUGUUGACUGAAGUUUAUUUUUAUAAAUAAACCAAAGUUUGCUUUCUAGACAGUGAAAUUGUAGGGCUCAUCAGUUGGAAAAGUCUGGUUCUUAUCAAUGUAUGUACAUUUUUCAAAAACAUUUCUGAUACCCAAACCUAAUGAUCAAUUUGGGAAUAAAUUGGUUACUUGCCAACAACUAAAUCUCUGAUUGUCCUGAUUGAAACACGGCACAUCUCACAUAAGGCCAUGUUAACGAUCAAUUGUUAGUAUAUGAUCAGUGUCUAGUAAACGAUACAGGCUUUCGCUUACAGGUUAUAUGGAAGGGACUUUUCAGUUUCACCCAAACCACUACAUUUUAGACUUUGUGGUAACCGACAGUUUGGUCAUAAUAUUGCUAAUGGUUAUGGAAAAUUAAGUGUUUAAGAUAUAUAUAUAAAAUCCACUUUGGGGUACGCUAAUUUUCCCAGGUCUGUAGCUGCUGUCAGGAUUGGAUUGGAUUUGGGGUUGCGUUUUGGAUUGGUGGUGAACUUAAGGUAUUUUGAGGAUGGGACAUUAACAUUGGGCGGGUUUGGGUAGGGGUGAUAUCGUUGAGUCAUUUUGACUCCCAGUGCUACAGUGGCAAAGCAGGAGUCGGGUCACAGUGUUCUGACCCCCCUCCGAGGGACAAAGGGGCUCUCUCUCUUCUCAGUGUCUUAAAAUGGAAAUCGACACUGAUUUAGAAACCAUAUGGUAUUCUUCUUUUCCUGGACAGUUUCGGAAAUAACACUAACAGCAUUAGACUACAUACGGUAUGCCAACAUCUUAUAGGACACUAAGUUGGGCUUAGUGUAAUUAAAUGUAGUAAAUAUGAUUUACUUGUGUUCUUCAAUAGAAAUGUCUCCCUCACAUAAGUCAACAAUUUCAGAAAUGCUUGAUCGCAGCUGUAGUUCUAUUUGUCGUAGUUUUUUAUGCUCUACAGUUUUUACUAAACACUUUAACAGUUCUGUAAUUUUUGCAUAAAGCAUGUAAGGACAAACAAUUUCUCAAAACUAUUCGCACAAUUUGCUGGCAUUGGAAAUAUGCAGUAACAACAGAGUGUCACCUUUAAUAUCUUGUACAUCCUGUAUCUUCAGGAUAGUGGCUCAUUCAGUAAUACUGUUUAUCUUUGUUUCAAGGCUAAAUAUGUGCUAAGAAUAAUUUAAGAAAACAACAAUUACACCAUUUCACACUUUGGAUAUUGCUACUUCUCUGACAUCUUUGGCUGCAGUUUCAGUGAGGCACUUAGCAGUUAAACUGUCCAGGCUUUAAGAAUAACUUGUGGAUUCUGUUUCAGGGUUGGUUUCCCCUUUAGUUUUAUAUUUGUGUCUCUUUUUAAAGGCCGAAUUUGGUCAUGUGGUUUGAUAAUUAUGUACUGUAAUUACUUUGAAUUCAAACAAUAUGUGUGUGUUCAUUUCUUUUCAGAUGUAUUUGUGAAUAGCAAGUUGACACAUUUUGCUGUCAUGAAGGGUUGUGGUUUGAUGUACAUUGAAUUGUUUAAGUUAUGUAUGUACAAACCAAUUACUUGGUACCGUUACACUUUGCAGCACAUACAAAUCUUUAUGUUGUCUUCUUUUAUCUGAGAGGAACAAUUCUAUGAACUUACAUUGCCUUAACUAUCAAGUGAAGUCUGUUAACUGAAGCUCGCUCUCCGGCUGGAUGAAAUGUGUUUUUACUGAUGCUUUGCUGUUAGUUUAUACUAGUCCAGACCUGUAUUCAUAAAACCUUUGAGGACAGAGCUUCUACACCAGAAAAAUAUCUAUUUUGAGUAUGUAUUUCUUGAAAAAGCGGUCUUAAGCCUUAAUAUAAGGGUUUAACUGCACUAUUCAUGACUACCGAUUGCUAAAAUAUCAGAGGUUGUGUAUUUAACACAGGGGUGUAGAGAAUUGGGCAUCUUCUUACUUAUUGUUACUUACAGGAUGCUGCCUGAAACAGUAACACAGACCUGCUAAAAGGCUAAUUGAGAUGAUGGACAUGUAAAUCCCCUAAAUUGCACGUCAUCAGCAGUGGGAUGGGAAUCAGUGGGUUAUUUGAGUUUAAAGAAUCAGGUAUAGUAGAGAAUCUUUAAUUAUUUAAAGGUCCCCUAUUGUACUGUUUUUCAUCAAUAUAUUACAGGUCUCAGAUAU